AUGCCAGAGUCUCUUCCCCUCCUCAAUGGAAGUAUCACAUUAUCCACCGCCCUGCGCAAAGACGAUGAUUAUCUUCUCCUUCUCUCAUACCCGAAAAAGCGCUUAGAAUUUUAUCUCUAUCUGUAUCAGCGGCGCAGCACAAUUAAAACGAUUGCGGCACGUCAUUUAGGUCUUCCGGAAGAUGGCUGCAGACUCGGAGAAGUCGAAGAGUGGAUUCACGGCAGUUUUAAUCUCUGCAUACCUGUUUACAUCGACGAUUCUAUCAAGUUUCGCGCCAGGCGGGUGAUUAUUCGAAUUCCUCUGCCAUAUAAACUAGGCGAGACCCAAUAUCCAGGGAACGUAGAGGAAAAACUUCGUUGCGAGGUUGCUACGUAUAUUUGGAUUCGAAACAAUUGCCCUGCGGUCCCCAUCCCGAGGCUUUUUGGAUUUGCAUUUUCAGAAAAUCAGAGCUUUGUGGCCCUUGAGCAUGCAUCACUUUUGACGCAAAUUCAGUGGUAUUUUCGGAAAGCGAUAUCUUGGGUGAUGGGAUCGGUAUCCCCUUCUCCCUAUAUUAGAUGCAAAACCAGUAAUCCUCUGAAGACUGGGUAUAUCGUUGUCGAGUAUGUGGAUGAAGGUGAGAUGCUAUCGAAUUCCUGGGAGACACAGCGUCACGACCAACACCGGCGAGCCAAUCUUUUUCGAGACCUAUCACGAAUUAUACUCUCGCUAUCACAAACGCCCCUCCCCUACAUUGCUUCUUUGACGAUUGAUGAUGAUUGCAUGCUAAGUCCUACAAAUCGUCCUCUAAGCCUUGUGCUCCAGAAGUUGGAGAACGAGAGCAUUCCCACCGGUAUCCCGAGGAAGCUCACUUAUAAUGCUACAGACCCAUACUACCUUGAUCUUCUAGCAUGUCAUGAUAAUAUUAUUCGACAUAAAAAGAAUGCGGUUCACGACAAGGAGGAUGGUGAAACACAAUUGUCAGCACUCAUGAUGAUGAGAGCUUUAUUACCAUAUUUUGCAGACCGCGAUUUUCGUUCUGGCCCAUUUGUUCUCACACUUACCGAUCUUCAUCAAAGUAACAUCUUUGUUGAUAAGGAUUGGAACAUCACCAAGCUAAUCGAUCUUGAAUGGGCAUGCUCUCUACCCAUGGAGAUGUUGCAUCCUCCUCACUGGCUAACUAGCCAGUAUAUCGAUACGCUGACGGAUGAGCGACUUGACGAAUACAACAAGGUACACAAGGAGUUUAUGAGUAUUUUCGAAUCUGAGGAGAAAUCUCUGGCCAACGGAAAUACCCCAAUCACAAACAUUAUGUGGAAUGGGUGGAAACUUGGAAAAUUCUGGUACUUUUCCGCAUUGAACUGGCCAAAAGGACUGUGCAAUCUGUUCUUUGAAAAAAUACAGCCGAAGUUUGCCCAACACGGCGACAAAGCCUAUGAUGAUUUCGAAGAGGUUGUUGCGCCCUACUGGGCUGCCGAUACUGAUAAACUGAUCCGUUCGAAAGUCACGGAAAAGGAAGCAUACAGUGAGGAGCUACGUAAGCUUUUUGCACAUUCCGCAGAGUCAAGCGCUUCAAAUUCAGGAGACGAAAAAGCGAAGAAAACAGAUGUAGCCGCUACGAUGGACUCUAAAGAUGGGCCUACGGACGAGUUGGAGGACGACCAGGCAACUUCUGAUUUGAGUUAA